AUGAGUCGAUUUUGCCUUUGUGAAAGGGUUUCUCACUGCUGUCUCGCCAUUUUACUGGCAGGCGUCCUUCUGAAGCCGGUUUCCUUUGCUGUUUCACCGCCUCCCACUCAGGAGCCCUCACCAGUGCCGACCUGCGACAAGACACACAGUGAAAGGGCCACGCUUGAAACCGAGCUUUCGUUGACUGUCGGUCCCGAACAGGACAGCGUUUCGUUCAAGUGUAGUUCGACCGCGAACGCACAGCGUGAGCCAGACAAGGAUAAUGUCUAUACGGAUGAGGAAUGCAAAAAUGCUGUACCCCUGACUGGUGUGUUUGAAAAUGCCGUGCUAGAAGAAAGUGUAUCUCAAGACAACACUAAGACAACGUACAAGCUGACAAUCCCAAGGGCAUCACGCAAGACUGAAAAAGAAAUACUGUACUACAAAUGUACCCUGGACACUACAGACGGUCAAGCACAUGAUGCUCAAACUUUAGCUGAAGCCGGAAGAGAGUGCAAAGUCAAAAUCACCGUCGACGAAGUAACAAAACCAGACCCCGAACAUGAACAGAAUGGCGAGCAACAAGCAAGCAUCAUCGAAUGUGGCGAUCCUACGGCUACCAAGCAAGCGACUGUGUCCGCAGAAUCUCCUCUCUCAUUCAAAUGUGGAGCUGGAAUGUCCCUGCACCCGACAAAUUUGACAGACGUGUUUGAUGACCAGGACGGGAAGUGCGCCGCUGAGGUUGCCCUGCAGACUCUCGUUGACGCCACAUUAACAAAAGCUGAAACUGACCCACCACAGAACGAACAACCAGUCUACCAGCUUGUUGUGAAAACGGCGCCUUCUGGAGACACUGCCCUCUGCUACAAGUGUGUGACUACUUCCAGCAACCUAGAAACAAAGACCAACUCCGAAGAAGAAUCGGCUGCGAAAGAGUGCCUUCUGAAAAUAUCCGUGAAGGGGAGCGCAACCUCCGCGUCUGCAAAGCGGGCAAGCGCCCCUAGCGUAGUCGCUUUCUUUGUGGCAGCACAAAUGUCGCUCGGCCUUGUUUACAUGUGGAUUUGA